CGACGUUGUCGAAAGCCGGGCAAGAGAAGUUAAGAAGUUAGAAAGAUGAAGCGUCCUGCUUGAUUUAGAAGCAAGAUGGAGGGAACUCUUUCACAGGUUUCUCCACAUGUUCUUCUCUACAGACUAAUAACCCAAAGUGCAAAACCAACCAAAGGAUUUAUAACAUAUGAUGUCGAAAUUCACAUGGAGGAUUGAGAAUUUCUCGAAAUUGGUGGCCGAAAAGCUUGACUCCCUCACCUUUGUUGUGAAUGAGAACAGAUGGAGGUUGAACCUUUAUCCAAAAGGAGCUCAAACAACUAACUAUGUGUAUUUGCCUCUGUUCCUUUGUGUGGCCGAUUCAUCUAGCUUACCUGCAAAAUGGAGGAUACCAACAAAGUUCAGUAUAUCUAUUGUUAACCAGAUUGACCCCAACAAAACCAUCAAGAAAGAAUGUGAACAAACUUUCUAUGGUCUGGCACCUAGUUCUGGCUGGUCAAAUUUCAUCGAGCGUCGUAAAUUUCAUGAUGAAGUAGAAGGUUAUCUUGGUGAAGACACAUGUCUGAUUGAAGCCGUAGUUGAUGAUUCUCCAGCUUCCUCAUAUAAAGAUUCGGAUUCUCCGGUUGCAAUUGAUCCUGUGUACAUUGAGGCUCAAUCAUUUCUUCAGUCACUGCCCAAGGCACCAUCCACAUGUGGAAGCCCUCUGUUUGAACGAUAUGCGAAAGAAAUCUUCGACAAACUGAUAUCAUAUCGUUUGGAUGAUUUAGCUGAUCCCAUGAAUGAAACGACAAUGAUGGAGUUCAUUUCUGUACUUGCCAACAACAUAUCCGUGUUUAGUGAUGUGCAGGCCAGAGAAAUUGUCAACUUGAAAGCCACUUUUCCUCAAACAAUGCAAGAAUGGAGAGACUCGAUGAGUCAAGCGAAGGGCACUGGACAGCCUUCCCGGUCUCUUUUCGAGGAGACCAAAAGUGUGCUUCAAGAUUUGGUAAAAACAGAAGAGGGAAUAAAGACCAAACUGGAGGAGCUGCACAAGAAAGAAACAGAAUUGGAAGCAGAGUUGGAGGCCAUUGAAGGCAAGAGUCAGAUGCUCAAAGAGGAACGCGGACGCGUGCCAAAGCAGAUGAAGAUACUUUGUGGUCUUGUUGAGGAAAUGGCUAGCAGUAUUGGAGCUCUAGAUUAUGAGGUGGAUUGUGCAAAGUACCUACAAUUUGAGCAGAGAUUGAGGUCAAAUUGGGCUGCUAUGAGACAUCUCUUUGCCUGAGGAAGAAAUAUGGGGUUGCCAAUCACACCCAAUUUCCCUACAUUUUUUUUGUUGCAAUAUACCGAGUAUCUUUCAUCCUCAUUGACAAUAUUAUUACUACUCUUUUAACUUGGCUUUACCUAAUCUGAAG